AGGCGGCGGCUGCAGUAGCAGCCUGCAGCCCACACUGCCGGAGCCGCGCGCAGUAGCAGAGCACCAGCAUGGCGGGGCUGCGCUACCCGCAGCAAGGCAGCUACUGCCGCGCAGCCACGGCCAUGAACCUCUUGCUAGGCGUCUUCCAGGUCCUCUUACCCUGCUUUCGCCCGGGAGAAGCGCAGGGCCAAGCUAUUGACCCAAUCCCCAGCGUGGUGGAGCUGUGGCAAGCUGAAGAAGGGGAACUGCUGAUGCCCACUCAGGUCCCAAACGAUUUCUCAAUUUGGAAUGAAUUAGUCCAAAGGAAGAAAAUAUUCUUUCUACACUGGCAGAAGAAGCUACUGCUGUUAAAAGCUGAUUCUGAGGAGGAUGUGGAAGAGCAUCCACAAGAGCAAAGCUUCUCAGCAAAGAUACCUAAUGGGAAGGCUUUACAUUUUCAUCCUUCGGUUCUGCAUUUUGGAAUGCAGUUACUGGGACUGCCCAGAUCUAAAAUGCUGUAUGCUUACAACCCUAGUAGGGAUAGAGAAGUUGUAGUGAAUUCAGUGUUUACAGCUACUAGACAUUUUCAUGUAUCUCCUGUUCAUAGCAGGGUGAUUCCAGCAAUGGGAAAAAUUUCUUUCAGAGUCCUCUUUCUGCCAACAGAGGAAGGCAGUAUUGAAAGUUCAUUAUUUAUAAAUACCUCAUCUCAUGGAGUACUUUCAUAUCAGGUAUUUGGAAUGGGAUCUAUGGAAACCUCUCCAGAAGAUUCUAACAAGCAGCUAGCGAAUACCUGUUUACUGCUUCCAAGUAUCCAAAACAUCCGGAUUUCACCAACACUGGCAAAAACUACAAAUGACAGUCUCUUACAAGUUCAUCUUGAAUGCAGUUUACAUAACAAUGUGUGCCAACAACUCAAGAGUUGCUGUUUUAUGUCUGACGAUCCAGUGCUGCUAAAAAUGAGAUUAGUACUAAGAAUGGAAAACUCCCAGCAAGAAUUUGUGGAUCACAGACAGUACUUACUGGAGAAUCUUUUUGUAGUUUAUGUAGCAAUGGACAAAACUGAGACCUCAGACUCACCAUCAUUGCCAGUGGUCACCACCCUGGGGUCUCCCAAGAGUUACAUCUCCCACACAGAUGAUUCCACAAUAAACAUGUAUGUAUUGCAUUCAGGGAACAGCGUUUUACAGAUACAGGACAUACAGCGUUUCUCACAGAAGGAUACAUCAUCUGUGCAGUUUGAGCCAAUACAACUUCCUUCUUCAACCACAAAUUUUACAAAAGUUGCUUCCAUUGUUUGCAAAGCUGCGUCGUGUGACGAUGAAAUCCAUUAUACUAGUGAUGUGAAGAUGAAUCCAUUAGAAGGCACUGCAACACUAAAAGCAUGUCUUUCCCAUCCUGUGACGGAAGGGUAUUUUGGAGUUGACCCUGCUGCAGCAUUAUUUCACAUAGAGCCACAUCAUAAUACUUCAGGAUUUUGGUCUAUAUGGUUUACAAACAAUUUUGAUUUUAGCAUUGAACUAAAUGAUGUCUUUGUAGCCAGAGAGACUAAGAACAUUUUAAAGAUUCUGAACUUCGCUGAACCCUUGACUCUACCUCCAGGCUGUUGGAAUGUAUUUUCUUUGAAGCUCAGUGUCAAAGACACUGUAAUAAAUGUAUUUUCCAAUGUAUUUUUGGCUACAAAUGUAGGAGUGAUGUUUGCAAUACCUCUGCGGAUUUAUUCAACUCUGUCCAAGGGGGAUCUCCAUUUUGAAGCCGUUGCACAUUGUGAUAUACACUGUUACUUGGGAAAGUCUGAUACAGCAAAUCUGUUUUGGAAAGGGAGUUUGUCUCUGGACCAUUCUACGUGGAAUGUGGAUUCCGAACUUGCAAGUGAGCUUUAUGAAAGAUGGCAGAAAAUAAAACAUGGGGAAGCCUGCAGGAGGAAUUUUUUGUCUCGCAUUGCUCACCAAAAGAAGCCCGAAGAGGAAUCAUUUGCUUUCUUUUUGCCACGUUUGAUUACAGAGCCUGGCCUGACGUUAAACUUCAGUGCAACUGCACUUAAGAAUAGUAUGGUAAAAUAUUUUGUGCUAAGAAACCCCUCAUCCUUCCCAGUUACGCUACAACUUCUGCCUCUGUCUUACUAUCCUGAUCCCCAAGCAUCACUGAGUCUGCUCAGCAAAUGGUUUGGCACAAAUGUGCAAGCUAUUAAUUUCACAACCACUGAAUUUAGGCUCAUGAAGGAGUGUGCACACAGGGAUGCACAUCAGGAGGACCUUACUAACAUGAAAUCCAGUUCUGAGGUGCUUCAGUUACAUUUACAACCAUUGGAAACCCAAAGGGUUGGUGUAGUUUUUACACCAGUUGACUACAAAAGAGUAGCCUCCCUUAUAUUAAUCAGAAAUAACUUGACUGUUCUGGAUGUGGUCAACGUAGAAGGCUUUGGAGCCAGAGAAUUAUUAAAAGUAGGUGGAAGACUGCCAGGUGCAGGAGGAUCACUUAGAUUUAAGGUACCAGAAGCUACACUCAUGGACUGCAGACGACAAUUGAAAGACAGCAAGCAAAUUUUAUCUAUCACAAAGAAUUUCAAAGUGGAGAAUAUUGGGCCUCUUCCUAUAACUGUAUCAUCUAUGAAGAUUAAUGGGUACAGUUGCCAAGGAUAUGGGUUUGAAGUGUUAGACUGUCAGGAAUUUUUCCUGGCUCAGAACUCUUCGCGGGAGAUCAGCAUUGUGUUUACCCCUGAUUUUACUUCUUCGUGGGUAAUCCGUGAGCUUACUUUGGUGACUGCUGCUGAUGUAGAGUUCCACUUUACACUCAACGUGACCCUUCCUCACCAUUUGUUACCCUUGUGUGCAGAUGUGGUGCCAGGACCUAGCUGGGAAGAGUCUUUCUGGAGGCUCACAGUUCUCUUUGUUAGUUUGUCCCUAUUGGGUGUGAUUCUAAUAGCCUUCCAACAAGCACAGUACAUUUUAGCAGAAUUCAUGAAAUCAAGACAGAGACCAAAUCCCAGUUCUUCGUCACAGCAAAACAGCAAUCCUGUGGAUAUAAUCAGCUCUGAUUCCUACAAGGGCAGCUGCAAGACCUUUAUGGAUUCCUGUAGCACCUCUGAUAAAGGCAAAGGAAAAGGCUUCCUUUCUGUAGGCACUCCAUCCAGCCGAAGCCAGAAUGCUGCAAAGAGAAGUCCAGCAACCUAUAGCCACUCUCAGAAGAAACACAAAUGUUCAGUUUACUACAGUAAACAAAAAGCAAACACAAUACCUGGCAGUGCCAUUACAACUACUGAUGAAAAGCAGAAUCAGACUGUAGAGAACCAAAUCUCAGCACCAAAAGAGGACAUUUGCACUGAUAUUGUUAGUGAGAACUGGCUACACCUAAAAUAUGAAAAUAGCAUAAAUGUAAACCUGCAGAAGAAUUUAACUCUUCCAGGAAACUUUCUGGAUAAAGAAGAAAGUGCACUGAAAAACACAGUUCUCAUGAAAAGUACUUCUUCAGAGUGUGAUUUGAAGGAGGAUCUUCAAGCAUGUAUGUUUCCUAAGGAAACUAACCUUAAAACUUCAGAAGAUAUAACUGAGCUCAAAGAACAGGAGUUCUGUUCUCUGAAGACAUCUAAGAAGCUACCCGAAAGUCACUUGUCAAAUUCACCUCAGCAACAGCCAGAAUUGCAAGAUGUUUCCAGGAAAAAUAAUGGGAAUAACCAACAAGUGCCUCUCAGGAAUGAAAUAGAAAACUGUGAGACUUUGAAAAAGCAGAUUAACACAAAGCCUUCCACUGAGAAAAAGAUUAGUAAAGGACAUAAGGAGGAUACACCAUGCUGUGGAAAACAGGAACUUGCUUCAGUUGAGCAAGAAGAUGCUUUCAGGAAGAAGAGAUCUCAGGAGAAAAGAGAAGGCAAUUUAUCAAAUAUAAAUUGGAAUAGAAAUAGAACAUCUAGAAAAAACAAGAAAAAGAAUGUCAAUAUAUCUCCAAGGGUUCCUGAACAGAAUGAGUUGAAGCGUAUGUGCAAUGAAUUUGAAAGGCCUGAACUAAGAACUAACAUUGGCAUAAGGGAAACUUGUAAAACAGACCAAAAAGUUGGGAACUUGUCUACACAGGGAGAAACAGAAAUCUUUUAUCAACGAUCUAAGAAGAAUUGUUUGGAAAAGUUUUGCUCUGAUUCAAGCUCAGACUGUGGAAGUUCUUCAGGAAGUGUACGUGCCAGUCGUGGUAGCUGGGGCAGCUGGAGUAGCACAAGCAGUUCCGAUGGAGAUAAAAAGCCCAUGAUUACUACCCGGCAUUUUCUUCCAUCAAGGGAGAAUAUUUCACAAAAUGAUUUUCCAACUGAAACUCCCAUCACUUUAAAUCUGUCUCAUAACAUCUGCAAUACCAGCAGAGACAUAAAUACUGUCCCCCAGUAUCCAGAAACCGUAUGUCCCAACUUCGCUGACAUAACUGCAGAUCCUGACAAAAAUACAGGUCUUUAUCCGACAGGAGACUUGUGGCCUGCUCAACCAGUCUGUUUGACAAAUAGCUUAAACUAUAACCUUGAGAAUAACGUACCGUGCAUGAUCCAGGAAACCCCUUCUGUUCAAAAUAGCUUCAUUGAUUGGAAUGCAACUUGCGAUAGCCAGUUUCCCAACAUGUAUUGCCCAUUAGAGAUGAAUGAAUACAGUGCUUUUCCAGAAGAAAAUAUGAAUUACCCCAAUGGCUUCACAUGUACUGCAGAGGGGCAAAAUACCGCCUUCAUUGAUCACAAUUGUCAGUCUACCUGGAGCGCUCCACCCAACAUGACGCCUACCUGGGAACAAGCCAGUUACGUCAACUCUUCACCCUACCUCUCAAGUGCCAGAAGCUUGUCUCCAAUGUCUGGACUUUUUGGUUCCAUCUGGGCACCACAGAGUGAUGUCUAUGAAAGCUGCUGCCCAGUCAGUGCCACCGGUCAACACCCAGCUCAUGUUGAGAACCAGGCUGUUAUGUGUAAGCAGGAGUAUUAUCCAAGGUUUAACCCAUUCCGUGCCUAUAUGAACUUGGACAUAUGGACUACAACAGCCAACCGGAAUGCAAAUUUUCCAAUUUCUAGGGACUCGGGUUACUGUGGAAACAUGUGACAGGAAUUUGAUUUGAAAAAUGUGAAUAAAGAUGCUUGCAAUUUUGAUUACUAGAUUAAGCUGGCUGUUGAACUAGAUUACAGUGUUGGUGGAUAUUUUGGCACUUUUAUAUGGACAAUAAACAUUUUUUACAGAAA